AUGGCAGUCUCAAGAGUCAUCACCUCCAAACUACAGUCCCACUUCAUACCCUCCUUCUUAGAAGUUAUAAACGAGAGCUACAUGCACAAUGUUCCCAAAGGAUCAGAAACUCACUUCAAAGUUCUGAUAGUGUCAGAAAAGUUCGAGGGUACACCCCUAAUAAAGAGACACAGAGAAGUUAACAGUUUGCUUGCGGAGGAGUUACAGGGUGGUGUUCAUGCGCUGAGCAUUGUUGCUAAAACUCCGACUCAGUGGGGUUCUGAUCCUAAUGUUGUGAAGAGUCCUCCAUGUUUAGGGGGUUCUAAGUUGUGA